UAAUAUUUAUCAAACAAAAUUGAGCCAGAUAAAAUGCAAAACUGUAACGUUGUACCACAGUUGUACCACAGAACAAUGUUAUACUGUGGACAAAAAUAUCUCAUCGAACGAUAUAGUUAAUUGAUAUUAAACAUGAUUUUAUCAAUUCCACAAUUUGUGAUAAGAUGAUCUGAUGGUUAGAGAAAGUAAACAACACAGUAGCUAUAAAUUGAUAAUUCAUAAACUACAUUCGUAUUUCGUAGUUAUUAGUUAUUACUUAUUAGUUAAUAGUAGUCAUAAAAGUCAUUGGGUAAUAGGUAUAUUAAAAUUCAAAAAUACAAAUUAGUAAAAGGUUUAUCGUCACACGUCACACUUUCGAAUGAUUAACAGCCGUAUAGAUAGUUAUAAAAACGCUUCAUAAUGAAUUGUAUUCACAAGUUUAGCUCUCCAAUUAUUACAUCAUUUGGAAUAAAAUUUAAGAAAAUGUUUUCAAAUAUUGCCAAACCGCUGGAAGGAAAAGUAGCAAUCAUCACUGCAUCUACGGAUGGGAUUGGUUUCGCUGCUGCUAAACAACUGGUUAAUGAUGGAGCAUCUAUCAUGAUUUGCAGUCGCAAGGAAAAUAAUGUAAAAAAUGCGUUAGAACAACUUCAAAAAGAAUAUGGUGUUAACAAAGUUAAAGGACUUGUGUGUCAUGUAUCAAAAAAUGAUGAUAGAACCAAUUUAAUCCAAGAGACUAUUAAAAUCUUUGGUGGAAUUGAUAUUCUUGUAUCAAAUGCUGCAACAAAUCCUACAUCAGGUUCAGUAUUAGAUUGUAGUGAAGAAAUAUGGGAUAAAAUAUUUGAUGUUAAUGUCAAAAGUACAUUUUUGUUAACAAAAGAAGUAGUACCACAUCUAAUUUCUAGAGGUGGAGGCUCAAUUGUCUAUGUCUCUUCAAUAGCUGGUAUCAAUCCAAUUCCAAUGUUAGGUGCUUAUUCUGUUAGUAAAACAGCGCUUCUUUGUUUGACAAAAGUGGUGGCUAUGGAUUUGGCAGAGAAUAACAUAAGAGUUAAUUGUAUAGCUCCUGGUAUUAUAAAAACGAAAUUUGCAUCAGCGAUUACGGGAAAUGAAUCGCUUAAUGAACAUUUUUUACAAGGAAUACCUAUUAAAAGAUUUGGUCGUCCUGAAGAAAUUGGUUCUAUUAUAUCAUUUCUCUGUUCACCAGCUUCUUCCUAUAUAACAGGUGAAGUAAUUGUAGCAUCUGGUGGAAUGACAUCCAGGCUUUAGUUAUAAAAUUUAAAUUAUUGAAUUGGAACAGUCAAGAUCAAAUUAUUGAAAUAAAAAUUUUCUGAAAUAAUCAAAAAUCUCUCUUAUUAUUUAUAUAUUAUAAUAGUCUUACACAGAGUUGCAUAAAAAAUUGACUCAUAUGAUUAAAUUUCAUAAUUAUUAAAUGGUUAAAAUUGAUAGACCAAUCAUUAAAAGCUCAAUCAUGACCAAAGGUCUAAUACUUCUCUACUUAAUCAUUAAAUGUUUAGUUAUUAUUUAUGCAA